UGACGUCGUGCGUUGACCACAGUAAAGAUGGCGGACGUGUUGGGGACCGAGCUGUCAGAAGAGAAAGAGAGCGAAACCGAGCUAAGAAAAAGACAGAGAAGACCUUGGGAGGAUUUUAACAGGUCGGGAAAAAACAGGAUAACCCCAGAGCUGCCAGAGACGCUGGGCUUUUUCGACAUUAGUGCGGCGAAGAGGGAGCAGCAGGAAUCCUCAGCAGAUCCAUCGUUGACACGCUUCAUUUGUGCAGAACUCACCAGAGGGUACUUCCUGGAACACAAUGAAGCAAAGUACACAGAGCGCAGGGAGAGGGUAUAUACAUGCAUGCGUAUUCCCAAGGAGCUGGAGAAGCUGAUGAUCUUUGGCUUCUUCCUGUGUGCUGAUGCCUUCCUGUACAUCUUCACCCUGCUGCCCCUGAGGGUGCUGCUAGCUCUGCUUCGCCUCCUCACUCUACCAUGCUGUGGCUUCAGGGCACGCACAUGCCCCUACUGCAAAAGAAGCAGUGGGUCACGGUUGCUGCAGCCAGCACAAGUUUGUGAUAUGCUGAAGGGGCUGAUCCUGGUGCUGUGCUUCUCCAUGAUGCAUUACGUGGAUUACUCCAUGAUGUACCACCUGAUCAGAGGACAGUCUGUUAUUAAACUCUACAUCAUCUACAACAUGUUGGAGGUUGCAGAUCGCCUCUUCUCGUCCUUUGGUCAAGACAUCCUGGAUGCGCUUUACUGGACGGCCACAGAACCCAAAGAGCGGAAGAGAGAUAAUAUAGGAGUCAUUCCUCACUUUUUUAUGGCUGUCUUUUAUGUCUUCCUUCAUUCCAUCCUCAUCAUGGUGCAAGCCUCCACCCUCAAUGUCGCCUUCAACUCACAUAACAAGUCUCUGCUUACCAUCAUGAUGUCCAACAAUUUUGUGGAGAUCAAGGGAAGCGUCUUCAAGAAAUUUGAGAAGAACAAUUUAUUCCAAAUGUCUAACAGUGAUAUAAAAGAACGGUUCACUAGCUAUGUUCUCCUCCUCAUCGUCUGUCUCAGGAAUAUGGAGCAGUUCUCAUGGAACCCAGACCACCUGUGGAUGCUGUGCCCUGACGUACUUAUGGUGGUCAUGUCUGAAGUUGCAGUUGACAUCAUUAAACAUGCAUUCAUCACUAAAUUCAAUGAUAUUACAGCAGAUGUGUACAGUGAAUACAGAGCCAGCCUGGCCUUCGAUCUUGUCAGCAGCCGACAAAAGAAUGCCUACACCGACUACAGUGACUCAGUGGCCCGGAGGAUGGGCUUUAUCCCUCUGCCGUUAGCUGUUCUGCUUAUCCGAGUGGUGAUGAGUUCUUUGAAGGUGCAGGGAGCUCUGUCAUACACAUGCGUGCUCCUGUUUUAUCUUGGGAUGGUGACACUGAAAGUUUUAAACAGUAUUGUGCUGCUGGGGAAGUCUUGUGUGUACGUCAAGAGAGCCAACAUGGAGGACAAACUGUUUGAGAGGCCAUCAACCGCUCCGUCCUCCUCAGCAAAGAGCCCAAGCAAGGCUGACCUACGUAGAUGCGCCAAACCCUCAGAUCUUAUUGUCAAGCUGGCAAAGGACAAGUUUGGAGCCAUUCAAACAGAAUAUAAAAAGCCAGAGAAUAUAGUGCUGACCUUGCAGGCCAUCUACUAUGAGAUAGGCUUCCUCAUAUGUGCAGCGGUGGGCCUGCUGUUCGCCAUCCUCAUGCCAGUUGUGGGGCUCUUCUUCUGCAUGUGUCGCUGCUGCGACAACUGUGGCGGCGAGAUGCACCAACGCCAGAGGAAGAAUGCGGACUGCCGGCGUGGCCUGCUGGGGACAUUACUCUUUUCCACCUCAUUGGUCAUCACGAUUGGUGUUCUGUGUGCAUAUGCAGCCAACCAGAACCUGAGUUCUCAGGUGAAGAACAUACGGCGGCUGGUCAACAGCAACAUGAGAGACCUUCACACCUUUGCUAACGACACACCAAUGCAAAUCGAUUACCUAAUAUCCCAAUACGCCACCGCCAAGAACAAAGUCAUCUACGACCUAGAUAACAUAGGUCCAUUACUGGGUGGAAGGAUACAUGAACAAUUGGAUAAGGAGGUUCAUCCUGCUUUAAACCAAGUGCUUAAUAUGGCUGGAGUGAAAAUCCAGAGAUUCAUCAAAGCCAUGAGAGAAACCAAAGAGGCCCUGGAGAACGUCAGUGUUUCUCUGGUGGUCUUGCAGGAAGGAGAAAAAAAACUUCAUUUCAACCUAAGCCGAAUCCGCAACAGCAUCAACCGUACCCUCGAUGACCCUGGCUGCCUUGAUGAAGAAUCGGACGCCACCACAGCCCAGCUUUGCCGCAGCAUCCGCCAGUCUUUGUCCCAGCUGCAGAUUAGUGCAAAUUUCACCCGGCUCCCUGAUGUGAACCCUCAACUGGAAAAGAUGAAAAAUGUUGUGAAAACAGAUCUCAGCUCUGUUGUCCACAGGGGCUUCUAUGCUUUGAAUGACACCCCACACAUGGUCAUUGAACAGACCAGAGCUGUUGUCAUGAGCAUACAGAAUUUGGUGGGCAGCGUCGGUAACAACAUCACCAGUUUCUCCAAAGUUUUUCCAGUGCAGACAUGCCUGUCCAACUUCACCAUCUUCAUCAGCCAUGCACACGCCAAAAUUGAAGAUUACUAUCCUGAAAUUGAUCAAAUAGAUUUCUACAGAUGGAUUGGCUGUAUUGCUCUGUGCUGCAUGGUGGUUCUGGUCUUGGCCUUUAACUAUUUGGGCCUUCUGUGUGGCACUCUGGGAUACGACAAGCAUGCCUCACCUACAACACGGGGAUGUAUAUCCAAUACAGGAGGAACACUGCUCAUAGCCGGCGUUGGAUUUAGUUUCAUUUUCUCCUGGGUGCUGAUGGGGCUGUUGACUGCCAUGUUCCUGGCAGGAGGAAACAUGGAGAAACUCCUCUGUGAGCCGUUCCACACCAAAGAGCUCUUCAAGGUCGUGGACAGUCCGUAUUUGAUCAACCCAGAGUGGAAGAAUUUCAUCCCUGGCUACCUGUAUAAUGACUCUGAAUUAGAGCUGACGACAGAAAGCUUGUAUAGCACUUGCAAAGAGAACAAAGGCAUCUACUCUGCCCUCCGCCUGGACAAAGUCUUCAACAUCUCCUCAUUCCUUAACACUACAGUGUUCACUAAGGAUGUGGUGCGCCAGCUGGAGAGCUUCCGGAUCGACCUGAGAGGAAUAAUCUUGUUAGAGUCAGAGGGGAAGCAAAACCUCCAAGAUUUCUCUGAAGCAGGCCUGUCAGAGAUUAACUACGCGGACUUCCUUGAAGAGGUUAAUAAAGGUGUCACUGUGGUGGAUGUUGUCUCGUUCGCCAAAGAGCUGGAGUCCCAGACAGACCUGAUGCCCAGGGGACGUCUGCAGACAGCUCUGAAAGGCCAUGUGGCCACUCUUCAGCGGAUCCACAGACAACAGAUAGCUCCAAUGGAGCAAGCCAUGAAAUAUGUUAGAGCAAGGAGUGCAUUAAACCAGAGUAUGAGAUUUCUGGAGAGGACAGCCUCUGAUCUACCAAAUAAAGUAACAGAUGUUCUUGAGGCCAUUGAAGCAGCUCAGCACCUUAUCUCUCACAAUGCAACACUUUUGAUCAAUCAGGAAACAAGAAAGUAUUCAGCAACCAUUAUUGGCUAUUUUAAUCAAUACAUAGAAUGGGUCAAAACAUCAUUGGCUUUGGAGGUCGCACCAUGCAAGCCUUUCAGCAACGUGUUGGAUACAGUGCAGAUCAUGACCUGUAGUUUCUUGGUGGAUUCAAUGAACACUUUCUGGAUGGGUCUGGGCUGCAGCACUCUAUUUUUUCUCCCAAGUGUAAUACUAGCGGUGAAACUAGCCAAGUACUACCGCAGGAUGGACACAGAGGACGUCUACGAUGAUAUGGAAAUUGGUAAUAAUGGUUAUCAUAUUGAGAGUUCACAAGGUGUUCCUAACCCUGUGAUGACAAGCGUUCCUACAUAUGAUACAAUGAACAGGUUCCCACGAGCUUCGGCACCUCCGAGGCACAUCGACUGGUGAUAGUCAGCUCUAGCUUGGCUCCUGAAAGUGGCCUUGAAAACUGGAGCUAAAGAACUUCAUGGAUCUGAGAUGUUUCUACAGUUGGUUUCUUCCUUCCAAUAGAAGAACACAGAAGGUCCUGCUUAGUCUCUGAAUUCCUCCCAGUUUUGCUGCUGCCUGCAGGACACUAACCUCCUCACCCCUCAACAUCAAUCUGAGCCAUUUUCCAUUCAUAUUUUACCAGGACUGCUGUGUCUGCGUUUACAUUUGUUUGGACACAAAAUGAAGUAAAGAAAAAAACACCUUAAGAGGACAAAGCAUUGACUGUUGUGAUUGCUCAAUUUAAUGUACGUUUUGCUCAAGAACCGAGAAGCUGAAAGCGGACCUUAAGAUCAAGCUGGGGAAAAAAAUUUCCCCUUUCAGUUUAAGAAGGUGUAGCACUUUCAGUUUAAUAGAAGUCUAAUAAUAUGGGGUAUUAAAAAGGUAUGCUCAUAUAGAUCAGAUUGUUUUUUUUUUUGUUUUUUUUUAUAAUGCAUCCCUUUUUUAACUGGAGCAUGAGGGAGGCAAGGGAUGUGUGAUUAUUUUAUGUACUAAGAAAUAGUGUGUUUGAGCAAAGUGGUGUAAAGACUCAUGGAGAGAUUUUGUAUGAAAAUGCAGCAUGACUUUUUUAAACUGUUUACAAUAUUUCCAGAGAUGUCGAUUCUGCCGGUUGUAAAUGGCUGUGGGUCAAUUUGUCCCUUUGGCAACUCAUUAUCUUGUUCAACACUUUUCGGUUUUGUCUCCAUCUACCUCCAUCUUUGAGCCGUAGAACAAACUUUUUGUUCCCUCUCUUUAACAAUGGUUUCAUUUUCAAGUUUAUUUCUAUUGGUAAUUAGGUGUUGUGAUGCAUUUUAGAAAAAAAAUUGCAUUUUUGGAAGAAUAAAGUUUUAUUGUGUUUAUGCUCCUUUAAAAUUUAUGUUUUAUCUAAUUUCAUCACUAUCAACUUUGAUUUUUGUCUCUGGAACAAUACCAAUGGAGUCACAAGACCACAUUUCCUUACCACAAUAUACAAAAUUACCUUAACUCAGUGGUCCAAAUGGGUAUUUUUUUAAUCCCCAGGUCAGCUCGAUUGGCUUGACACCACACCCAGAACAGUUCAGUCAGAGAAAGACAAUAUUGUGAAAGUACAAGAUGGCAAAGGGCCAAAAUGACCCACGUUGUUGUGAGAAACACAGGAGGGGACUGUUUGCCUUUAAAAUGUUUUACCAUUAGAUGUUACAAAUAGAAUUCUUUUUAAAAGAAGAACAGCCCAUUUUACACUGUUAAAUAUAUACAACCUUUGAAGAUUUUUCCCCCCCUUCUGUAUCAUUUGAAUUUGUGUCAGGCAUUCAAAGUUACAACAGCUUCCUCUUUGAGUUUUAAAUCUCAGCUGGUUAAAAAAAAGUAGCUCUAAAGGCGAGGAACACAUUUGACCUUUUUUUCCUUUGCCUUGGUAACAGAAUACCUUCACUUCCACCAUGUUAUGGGAACUAAUUCAGUUCCAAUGUGUGUCAGAUGUGAUUUGGUUGAAUCUUCCAUUUAAAAUUUACAGCAAAGUUGGAUUUUAAUGGUUGAAUUGAACUAUAUCGCCUCUGUGUGACAUGCUUUAUUUUCAGGUCUUCCCUGCUUUUAUUUUUAUUAUACUUUGAUGUGGAAAGUUAAUUCUCAAGCCAAAUCCCAUUGUUUUUAAAUGUUCUUUCUAUUGCUCGCCUUUUUUCUCUUUGUCUGCUUUUUUGUAAAAAAAAAAAAAAAACAUUACUUAUGAAUACAUGCAUAGGUGUACAUGUGUUCAUUCAUUGUUUAUCAUUAUAUGAAGAAGCUGAGUGAGGAAUAAGCUGAAAUCAUUACAUCAAGCAGGCCAAUCAACAUUCAUUAUAUCUCAGAUCUAAACACAGAUGCUAACUCUGGUGAGAACAAGGACAAUCUAUUAUAUGGGACCAAUGAGCACUUUCAAUCAGAUGAUGAAGAGAAAUAUUUUUUAAGGUUUACACUGAUUAGCUUGAUCUACUCUGUAAAACAAAAUCUACCUUAGCGGCCAAAGUUUGGAUUUUUUUGUGUCAUUCUAAAUACACAAUAACAGAAUAGAUUUACAUGAUAAAGUAUAUUAAAAUGAUAUAAGCUAUAUAUAAUGUAUAUAUGGACAGAGAGAGAGAGAGAGAUAAACAAUAACAUAAAUACUUUUUAUGUAAAUUGUAUGAAAAUAUCUAAGAUUAUUUUUUACACUGUUAAGGUUAAAGGUCAAAAAUCUAGUCUAAAGUUUUUUCUCCACAUUUAGAAGUAUAUCUUUUUUUCUAACAAAUGUAACUCAUUAGCUUAGCUUCUUUUUGUUUGUAAAAUCUGCAAAAUCUGGGCAAAAUAAAGUAACAAAAGUCAUCCAAAGGAGAUGCUGACUUCCAUGCUGAACUGUCCAAAAUGUGCUUUUCCAUAACUUAUUGGCUCUGUCUUUUUUUUCUUUCUUUUUUUGUGGCUUAAUUUACAGACUAGUUCUCCUUAAGGUGGAUCUUUUUAGGUGAUUGAUGUGCUCAAGUUGACUAUCACAGUUUUCUUCCUUUUUAGAGUCUGGUUAAGCAUCUAUGGGGACAAAUUCACAACUUAAGUGCUUUAACUAGUUAUAUAUCAUAACUCUGCAUUCAUCUGAUGAAUAGCUAGCUGGUAUAAAAUGUGAUGCUCCAUAGUAGGGUGAUGAUGAAUCCAGAUUUUUUUUUAUGUGGCUAUGACAAGUGUAUAAAUUGUGAAUAAACUCUUCAGUUCAAGUUA